AUGGACUAUUCGCGCCUCCGCGCCACCGCCAUGCGGGAUGGCGAGGACGAAGAAGCCGUCACUGUCGAUACCAGAGCCCUCAUCGACAAGGUUCUUGCCCGCUACUCUGGCGAAUGGACAACUCUCCGAGAACUCAUCCAGAACGCCGCCGACGCCCAGGCCACGACCGUCAAGGUCAAGUGGGAGACGAUGCCCUCCACCUCUGUUGCGCUGCCCAACACGACCGAUCGCUCCGAGCUCCUCAAGCACGUCAUUACAAAUCACACGCUCCGCCGCCUCGUGGUCCAGAACGACGGCCAACCCUUUACCAAGACAGACUGGGGGCGGUUGAAGAGGAUAGCCGAGGGCAACCCCGACGAGACCAAGAUUGGUGCCUUUGGCGUGGGCUUCUACAGCGUCUUUGCCGACUGCGAGGAGCCCUUUGUGAGCUCGGGCAACGAGGCCAUGGCCUUCUACUGGAAAGGAAACGCCCUGUUCACCAAGAAGACGACGCUGCCCGCCGACCAGCAGUCUCCCGAUACCAUCUUUGUGCUCGACUACCGCAACACGACGACGCCUCUCCCCCAUCUCCUCUCUGUCAGCCAGUUUCUGGCCACAAGCUUGACGUUUGUCGCCCUGCAGCACGUCGAGUUCUGGAUCGACGACUACAAGGUCUUGUCCCUGCACAAGAAGGCCUCGCCCAGUGUAGAGGUGCCCAUACCAAGGGACCUCGAGACGCGGACCCGCGACGGCCUCAUGACGGUACACACCGUCGACCGGACGAGUGCACAGAUCGACGCCUCUUUUAUGGGCGUCAUUGGCUGGAAGCCCAGGGCGACCGCUGCCAAGCAGUCCGACCAGUACGGCAUGGGCGCCGAGGUUCCCUCUCUGAGAAGCUUCUUCUCUAGGCUGACGUCGAGUGCCUCGCAGGCUGGCCUGCGUGGCAAGGCGCACAAGGAGGAAGCCGUCGCCCAGGAGACCAUCUCGGAGGACGUGACCAAGGCGUCAAGCUCCUCCAUCUUCCUCCGCGUCACGUCCGCGGUCAUCAAGACCAAGGUGUCUGCCUCCUUCUCGGCAGAACUGGAACGUGCCACGAAGAAGCCGCCUCCGAAGACGACAAAAUUGUCCAUCCUGACUUCGUCAUACGACGAGACGCAGGCGACGGAGAGCUCGAGUUCCGACGUCAUCUCUAAAUCAGCCGACGUCUUUGCGUCUGUCCUGCCGAGCAAGAAGCCCGGCGGCCGGAUCUUCAUCGGCUUUCCCACGACGCAGACAACGGGUGCGGGCAUGCACAUCUCGGCACAGUCUGUCAUUCCGACCGUGGAGCGUGAGGCCAUUGACCUGAACGCACGCUGGGUCCGUUCCUGGAACAUUGAGAUGCUUCGGGCUGCCGGUAUCAUGACGCGGCUGGCGUUCGCCAACGAGAUGAGUGAUCUUGACCUGAAGGUCAGGAGGGCCGCCGACAAGGGUGGCAAGAUUACGAAUAAGGACAUUGCCAAGUUCAUGCCUGAAGCCAUUCACAUCUUGAAGACGUUUACCUUUGGUGACUCGACGCCCAGCGGUCAGGUGGCACAGAUCAUCGAGGAAGCCUUCUGGACGUCGUAUCGUAAGGCCUCCAUUGAGGUCUUCUCUUCGCGUGGUGUCAUGCAGACCUCCAAGGUGCGGAUCGGAUCCGAGGAGCUCAGCAAAUUCGUGGAUAGCAUCCCCGUCGUGCCUGUGGAGCUCAAGAACGACCCGUUCGUCAAGAAGCUGAUCGAUUUUGGGCUGAUCAGUUCGAUCACGGUGGAGGACGUGCGCAAAGAGCUCGAGACCAAGGCUAUGAAUCGGGAGCAGCUGAUCAACUUCAUCAGCUGGGCUGGUAAGAGAGCACUCAACGGCGAGCUGGAUCCUGCGAGCAAGUCCAGCCUGCUGGAUGUUGCGGUGGCGACCGUGUCACAAGACGGUAGCGAUCAGGGUGAGAUCAUUGCUCUCGGGUCCAUCACAAACUUCCUCGUGGUCAACAAGAUCCCUGCGCACGCCCCUAUACCGCCCACCACCAUCCCUCACGCCUUUACCAGCAGUUGCGCGCCUCCGGAGCUGCAGGCGCUCGGCUGGGAGCCACUCGAAGUCUUGCCCUGGCUGAGGUUCCUGCUCAUGUCCCUCUCUGACAAGGCAGACGACCAGAACAUGACGAAGACGCCCAAAUUCGCUCUCCAAGUGCUCCUCAUCUUGUCCAAGGCGUGGGAUAAUCUGAACCCAAAGCACAAGUCUGCCGUCAUCGGUCUGCUGCAAGCGCACACGGUCAUGCCGACGAAGCUGGGCAUGCGGAAGCCUACCGAGUCGUUCUUUGCGACCGUCAAGCUCUUUGACGACCUGCCGGUUAUUGAGCAUUGUCAAAACCUCAAGGAGAAGUUUCUCGUUGCCAUUGGCGUCAGGAAAACGCUCGAUCUCGAUACCAUCUUCACCAGGCUCCUGAGUCCCACCGCAAACGGCGAAGAGAAGCGAUGGAGUCACCUCGAACUCAUCAAGUACCUGGCAUCUGUCAAGGAUGACAUUCCCGCGGCGGAUAUGAAGAAGCUGAAGGAGUCGCGCAUUUGCCCCGCCGAGGCUGGCCCCAAGGGCUUGGAACCGACCAAGGGCUCGACUCAGCUGUACCGCGUGUGCGACUUGUUUGAGCCCAAGGAUUCGCACAGAGCUCUCGGUCUGCCGCUGCUGCAGUGGCCCGGCCCUCCAGGCAGCUUCCGGGCCUCCGGCACGGAGGGACUGUUCCUCGCGACUUUGGGCUUGCGGGCGUAUCCUUCGGUGCCCGAGCUCGUAGAACUGAUGACGUCGCAAGACGAGGCGCUGCGUGUUCAAGCCAUGACCUUCUUCAUCGCCAACCACCACAUCCACGGGUAUGGGUCGUUCAACCUGGCUGGCAGCCAAAAGGCAAUUCUUCCUGUCCAGGGCGACGAGAAGAAGCGCGUCAUUCCGAGCAUGUGCUUCACCAACGAGGCUGCUGCGAUUCUGCACUUUGACAUUCUGCGAAAGGACCUUCACAUCCACGCCAACAAGUUUGGCGUCCUGAAGGAGCCGCCCAUCUACGAGUGUGUGUCGCGCUUGCUGGCCAGGCCACCGCAAGAUGAGCAACAGGCUGCCAAGCUCUUUGCCUACUUUGCCCUUCGUAUUGCUGACCUCGGAGAACAAAGUUUGUCGAGACUGCGGGACGCCCCCAUCGUCCCCGUGCGUCGCCCCGCUCGCGACGGAGCGGUUGCGAGCAAGGAGAAGCCGGGUGCCGGUGGCAGCACGUUGACGCUCAUCAGCCCCCAGCGGGUGUACCUGGGGAGCUCGACGACCUAUGGCAACAUCUUUGACUUUGUCGACUUUGGCGGCGACGCCAACGCGUUCCUCUUCAAAUGCGGCGCCAAGACGGAGCCGACAAAACCAGAGCUUGCGCAGCUUGCGUGCAGCGAGCCGGCGCGGCUGCUGAGCAUCUUGCAGAGCCCCGACAAGUACAUGACGCUGCUCCGGUCUCUGGCGGAGAGUCUCCCCCAGCUCAAGAGGGACAAGGAACUCUUCAGGAAAAUGUCGGUGUCGCCGUUCCUCCUCGGUGCCAAGGAAAUCCCAUCCACGACGCAGGGUCCUCUUGUCGAUGUGGAGGAUGAGGAGGCCCCCAUCAAGCAGUAUCAGCUGGCGUCGGCGAACCGCAUCGUCCUGCUCGACGACAUUAUCAGCUACCGCCUGUUCAAGGAUCAUCUGCUCACGGCGCCGGAGGAUGAAGCGCUCGAGAACUUUUACCUGGCUCUCGGUGCGCAGAACCUUAGCAGCCUCGUCGAGGAGAACGUCAGGAUCGGUCCCCACGUCGAUAAGCAAGACAGGGCGGCAGCCCUCCGGAAACACGUUGUGGAGCGCAGCAAGAUCUUCCUCCACGAAUACGCGACCUACCGACGGGAAGCGUUCAAACAUGACGCCAAGUGGCUCGAGAAGAACCUCAUCGUUGAACUCGUGACCAACGUGGCGCUCAGACGCACGUUGCGAGGUCAGAGCAAGACGCACACGGAGAAGCGCUCGGCGGCGAGCGUGCAGACGCGGGCGGGCUGGGUCUUGUACGUCGCCGCCGACGGCCAGCCGGACAUGUAUCAGGUGGGCCAGGCCAUCUGCCAGCUGCUCUUGACGCGGCACAACCAGCAGGCCUACCUCUUUUUCGAGCCGUUCCUGACCCUCGACCUACUCGGCUUGCGGGCCCGCGGCUACAACGUCGACCGCAUCCUGCGAGCGAAGGCUGCGGAGGCGAGGAUCGCCGAGGAGGAGAGGCGCAAGGCGCUGGACGCAGAGCAGAAGCGCAUCCAGGACAGGGAGCGGCAAUGGGACCAGCAGCAGGCUCAGGCGGCCGAGGCUGCGCGGCACACUGCCAAGACACCCGAGCCGGUCAUGCCGGGUUCGUUCGGACACGAGAGCCCCGAGGAGGGUCAGCGUCCGCCUAGCUUGAUGCCACCGACGAGAAAGAACAAGGGCUUGUUCUCCAACCUGACGCGGCGGCUGGGAUUCGACGCACCCGAGGACGACGACGACGACGACGACAGGCGCAACGGCCAGCUUGACAAGCCGGCGCAAGACGGCCGACAGCUUCUGCCGCCGCCGCCUGGUCCUGGUCCGUCCACCGGCGGCGGGCAGAAGGGCAAGGAUGAUGGCAGGGUGACGAGCCCGGCCACCGUAGAGCAGAACCUUCUGAACGCCAUCAACUCGACGCGGUCGCACGACUCGAACCAGCUCUUCUCGCCGCCGAGCAUGAACGAGGUCAAGGAGCAGGCGACGUACUGCGACAGCACGUCGGCCAAGAACAUAGCCUUCGCAGCCGAGGCCUCCAACGGCAUGAAGGUCUUCACGUCGCGCGACAUGACGCUCGAGCCGGGGCCCUUCCUGCAGCGGUACGCCGGCGCCAUCAACGCCUUCGCGGCCCUGCUCACCGAGGUCGGCGGCGUCUACGCGCUGUCGCCCAAGGUGCUGCACAUUUUCUACGACGACAGGGGCGGCACCAUUGCCUUCAACAGCAGCGGCAGCAUCUUCUGCAACCUGCGCUUCUUCCUGCAGCUGCACGCCGACAAGCUCACGGGCGCCAGGCAGGGCGAGGCCAAGGCCGAGGCGGCCGUCUGGUGGUGGGUUGUCAUGGCGCACGAGCUGGCGCACAACCUCGUCCAGAGCCACGACUCGGACCACAGUUACUACACCGAAUCCUUCAUCCAGCAGUACUUUGCCAAAAUGGUCGCCAAGACGGCCCAGUGGUCCGCGAAACCCCUUGCCGCCGCGUCGGCCCUCGCCCGCGCCCCCUCGGCCGCGUCCGCGACGUCCUCGUCAUCACGGCUUGCGGCGGCGCCGGCUCCGCCUCACGGAGUACCGCCGCCGCCGCCGUACAGCGAGACGGGGAGACAGCAUAGAUAUAACCCCUUUGAUUAG